AGCAGCAUCCCGGAGCCGGCAGCUCCUUCCAGCGCCAGCUGCGGAAUCAGGCCAAGCUCGAACCGAACCGAACCGGGCCCCCGCCCAGCAGCCAUGACCGCCCGGGCCACCUCGUACCGCCGCACCUUCGGGCCGCCGCUGCUCUCGCCCGGCUCCUCCACCUCCUCCCGCUUCUCCACCGCGCGGCUGCUGGGCUCGCCGAGCGCUGCGCGCAGCGCGCAGUGGACGCGCAGCUCGGUGCGCGCCGCGCCGCCGGCCCGCCUGGUCCCGGGCGCCGAGCGGCUGGACUGGGCGCUGGCCGAGACGCUGAACCGGGAGUUCCUGGCCACGCGCGGCAGCGAGAAGGCGGAGCUGCAGGAGCUCAACGACCGCUUCGCCAGCUUCCUCGAGAAGGUGCGCGCCCUGGAGACGCACAACGCGGCGCUGCGCGCCCAGCUGGACCAGGCGCAGGCCCGCGAGCCCGCGCGCGCCGCCGACCUGUGCCAGGUCGAGCUGCGCGAGCUGCGGCGCCAGCUGGAGCUGACGGGCCAGGAGCGCGACCGCGCGCGGGUGGAGCGGGACAACCUGGCCGAGGACCUGGCCGCGCUCAAGCUAAGGCUGGAGGAGGAGACACACAAGCGUGAGGAUGCAGAAAACAGCCUGGUGUUGUUCCGAAAGGAUGUGGAUGAUGCCACCCUCUCGCGCCUGGAGCUGGAACGCAAGAUCGAGUCUCUGAUGGAUGAGAUCGAGUUCCUGAAGAAGCUGCAUGAGGAGGAGCUGCGUGACAUGCAGGUGAGCAUUCACAGCCAGCAGGUGCAGGUGGAGAUGGAGACAAUCAAGCCCGACCUGACGGCCGCGCUGCGUGACAUCCGCGUCCAGUAUGAGAGCAUCGCGGUGAAGAACGUGCAGGAGGCCGAGGAGUGGUACAAGUCCAAGUUCGCUGACCUGUCGGAUGCAGCCAACCGGAACCACGAGGCCCUGCGCCAGGCCAAGCAGGAGAUGAACGAGUCACGGAGGCAGAUCAAUAGCCUGACCUGCGAGGUGGACGGGCUGAGGGGAACCAACGAGGCGCUGCUGCGCCAGAUGCGGGAGCUGGAGGACCAGUAUGGGGUGGAGCUCGGCAGCUACCAGGACACGGUGGGGCGGCUGGAGCAGGAGAUCCGGCACAUGAAGGAGGAGAUGGCGCGGCACCUGCGCGAGUACCAGGACCUGCUCAAUGUCAAGAUGGCUCUGGACAUCGAGAUUGCCACGUACCGCAAGCUGCUGGAGGGCGAGGAGAGCCGGAUCUCGAUCCCUAUCCACUCGCUGGCCUCCUACAGUGUGAAAACUUCAGCACCCGAGCCGGAGCAGACUGUGGAGAGCCACACCAGGAAAACCGUUCUGAUCAAAACCAUUGAGACCCGGGAUGGAGAGGUAGUGACUGAGUCAAGUACGGAGCAGAGCACUGAUGUGGAGAAGUGAUCCUGGCGCUGGGCCGCUGCCCUGGACCGAGGCGACAGUGUGAAACUGACUUGUAGAAGCCACUGCGAGACCCCUGCUGCACCUGCCCUCCCCCCAGCCACACUGGCCUUAUUACUACAGAUACCUCUGACAGCUCUGCUGCACUGCCCCGUGCCUCCAGCCCGCCUACCCUUGUGGUGUGCCCAGAGCACCGAGAGCACAGCAAUACCCACUCACAGCCCAGGGCAAGGAGGAGAGGGGCCCUGCCUCCAGUUCUCCCCAUCCCUCUGCCCUCUCACUGCAUGCUGUUUCCCCAAUCUCUCCCCCAUCCUGUGCUUUUGGCUCUGGCCUGGUUUUUCCUUCCCUGCCCCGGCUCUACCGUUGGGCGUGACUGACCUUCCCAGACUACGUGUACUGAGCCACAGGGAUGUGGUUAAACAGAGUAGGAUCCUACACCCCCUCCAGCUACAGCCUAGGCCAUGCGCUGCCUAUACAGAUCCCAAGACCACUCCCACGUCCCUAGAGCAACUGCUGUGAGCAUUCCGCAGAACCGGUCCUCCUCCGUCCCAUCAUGUUUCCAGCCCCAAGGCAGAGGCUGCCUGAGUUUGGUACCAAAGAGGAGUCUGCUCCUGAAUUGGACUCCACAGAGGAGUUGUCCUCGUUCCACUACCAAAGCAGGAUGCUGGCCCCUGGCAGCUGUGCCUCGGGCUGCUGCCCAGCAGUGCUCCUAGUAGCAGAGAUGCCUGUUGGAGUGGUGAUACCAAGAUCUGACUGCAAUUCUGUGUUGGCUGGUCUCCAGCCCAAACACAGCCAGGCCCCCUGAUUCCCAAAGCUCUAUUUUAGUACAGAAGAAACGAAUUGCAGGGACUGCUCAGCAGGGCUGGAUUCCUACCCCUGGCACUUGCAGCCUGGAUUCCUGCUCCCUGGGUACAAUCCCAGUAUGCCUGGCAGAUGGGGAAGCCGUUCCUAGUCCCAGUGCUGCUGUCUCUAGUGUUAAUUCUCCUGGAGGCUGCAGCAUAUCCUGUUCUGGCAUUGCCUAGAGCUGCCAUCAGCUCUAGACAACAGGGCUGAGUGAGCCUGGGGAUGAAGGGGGUGAGUAAUACCUAGGCCCAGUUGCUGAGGGUGAAGGCCCUUGUGCCCAGGGUACUAGUCUAAUAGUGACAGCCCAGUCCUGUCCUGGAGUGUCCCUCCCUAAGGAGGCCUGCUGUGGUGCUGAGUCUCCAUUCUCAUUUUGAUAGGGAUCCCCGCCUGUCCAUUAGCACUUGUGUUGCUUUGAUUUUUGGACACAUGCUUAGUUGUCAGGGCCUGAGAGGGAAAACGUUUCUUCUGGGGCCUUUCAACCCUGGCUCCACUGCUGGAACAGAUGUGUGGAAUGAUGUUUCCUGCUGCUAUCCCAGCUCAGGGGAGAGUCCUGAGCCCCAUACUGGCUGCUGAUACUCAGCCCUGCUUCUAAGCAGGCAAGUCCUAAAAGACUGUGCUCCACUAUCAUUCCCACAUUUCUGUCCUCUGGCCGCCUUCCCUCCACGCAGUGCCUCUGACUUUCAGACCCACUUUCCUUGCCUUAGCUCUGCCUUCGUUAACCAGGGGGCUGCGAUAGGAUCUCUCACCCUGCUGGACCAAGACACACGGGAGGCUGUGAGCAUAGUUGCUUUGGUGCUCCUGGGUCUUCCCUGAUCUGCCUGAAUGGUGACACUGGCCCAGUGCUCGGCCAUGGUGUUGAAUGUGUCCUGUCCUGCUUUUCCAGCCACUAAAGGUCAUAGCGAGGAAUGUGCGUGUCUGCUUCU